AUGCUCUCCUUGGUUGCUGCAGAGGGCAUGGUGGCGGCGGUGGGGAGCGCGGCCACGGGCGUGUACACUUCCAGCAACGAGAUGUGGAAGGAGAUUAGCAAGGCCGGAGCCAUCACUGGAGACCGCGUGUGGAGGUUUCCUUUGUGGAAGUACUUCACGAAGAAGGUCGUAGGCAUCCGCAACGCGGACGUGAGCAAUCGAGGCUUCGGGCCGGGGGGCGGGCCGUGCCGCGCCGCAGCCUUCCUACGGGAGUUCGUGGACUGCGCGGAAUGGGUGCAUCUGGACAUCGCGGGCUCGGGCAUGCUCAUGGAGACGGAGGACGUGCCCUACAUGCCCAUUCACCGCAUGAGCGGCCGGCCCGUCCGCAUGCUGCUGCAGUUCAUGUACCAGCUGGCGUGCCCCAGCAAGCCUGAGGUGGACUAGCUCUCUCCUCC